UGUCAUUUCGUUGAAAUAAUAAUCUGUACACGUGCGUACUGUGUGCAUGCAUCGUUCUUUGGUUUUUAUUUUAUUGUGCAAAUGUGAGAAAUUUACGAAAUGUCGAAGAAAAUAAAACAUUUAGUAGUAGACACUACUGCUUUCAUCAAGGCAGCAAAUCUACAGGAUAUAGCUGAAAGUGUAUACACAAUUCAAGAAGUUAUAGAUGAAAUAACUAAUGAUCGACAACGAAGAAAACUGGUGGUACUUCCAUACGACUUGCAGGUUAAAGAUGUCUUCGUAGAAAACAUAAAGUUUGUCACAGAUUUUGCCAAAAAAACGGGAGACUACACCAGCCUAUCGGCUACAGAUAUCAAAGUAUUAGCUCUCACUUACCAAAUUGAAAAAGAAAAGGUUGGUACUGAACAUCUUAAAAUUGAACCAACCAUGCAAAAAACUGUAAAAGUUACUGGUAUUGGAAGUUUUAAUUUGCAUCCUCAAAAUGCCAGUGAGAAUCAAGAAAAAGAAACUGUAAAAGAAUUACAAUCCCUACAGAACUCUGCCAAUGUCGAUAAUAAUAAUUCAAAUAAGUCAGAGGAUUCACUAAAAGAUGUGGAAGAUGAUAAAUUAGCAAAUGAAAUAGCAGAGCAAAUAAAAAAUAUGGAUUUGGCAGAUGGUAAAGAUGUUGAAGAGUUAAUGGCUAAAGUAUCUAAUGAAGAAGAGCCAGAUGAUGAAGAUACAGAAAGUGAAGAAAAUUCAGAUAGUGAUGGAGGAGAUUGGAUCACUCCUGGAAACCUGUCUGAAAAGACACGUGAAAUGGAUGCUGGUCAAUUUGAAGACAAAAAUGUAGAAGUGGCUUGUAUCACAUCUGAUUUUGCCAUGCAGAAUGUACUAAAGCAAAUUGGAUUGAAUGUUACUGCGAUAGAUGGUAGGGUUAUCAAACAACUGAGGACAUUUAUUUUUCGUUGCACAACAUGUUUUAAAACUACCAGUGUUAUGACCAAACUGUUUUGUCCUAAAUGUGGUCAUGCAACUUUAAAAAAGGUAGGAGUGAGUAUAGAUGAUGAGGGUAACCAACAUAUUCAUAUCAAUGGGAGGAAACCAUUGACAGCUAGAGGAAAGAGGUUUAGCUUGCCCACUCCAAGGGGUGGACAACAUUUCCAAUACCCUAUCCUCACAGAAGACCAGCACAUACACAAGAGGUUUGCCACAAAGAUGGCCAGAAACAAGACCAACGCUCUGGACCCUGACUACAUUGCAGGAUUCUCUCCAUUUGUCAUGAAGGAUGUCAACUCCAAGUCAGCAGUUUUAGGCGUAAGAGCUAACAAGCAAGAUGUAAAGUACUGGAUGAAAAAUUACUCUAAAGGAAAAAAGAAGUAAAUUAUGUCUGGAAUCUAUUUUAUAGUUUAAUCUUAUUAAUAAAAACCAUUAUUACAAACAAA